UAUAAAGUCCUCUUAGUGCUCAUAAUAAAGGCCACAUUAUUGUACGCUCAUCUUUGUGCCUCAAUCCAUCACAUUCAAAGCAAGCUUUAUAGCAAGCCAUCGAACAACACAAUGACUUCAAUAACCUCAAAAAUGAAUACAACCAUCCCCUCCAUGGGUGAUCUUUCAGAAAAGCCUAAAGUCUUGUUUCCUUCCCACCUCGCCCACGUCGUUCUCCAAACAACGACCGACAAGCUCUCUGUUAUGCGAGACUUCUACAUCACCUUCACAGGAGGUCAUCUCGUCUUCGAAAACCCUUACUCCGCUUUCACCACUUACGACUCCGAGCACCACCGCAUAGCUAUCGUCACUUCCCCUCAGUACAAGCCAAGGGUUCCCAACGUAGCGGGACUCUCCCACAUGGCAUUCACAUUCGCCUCGCUAUCCGACCUGCUCACUGCGUAUCAACAGCGCAAGAAGCAUGGAAUCCUGCCCAUCGCAUGCGUCAACCAUGGCCCUACGACAAGCAUCUACUAUAACGACCCCGAUGGUAAUAUGAUUGAGACGCAGGUAGAUAAUUUUGACACGGCCGAGGAGGCUACCAGGUAUAUGUUUGGGGAAGCAUUCCAGAAGAAUCCAUUGGGUUCCGAAUUUGUCCCGGAAGACCUCAUUGAGAAAUUGAACGCGGGCGUCAGUGAGGAGGAAUUGAAGAAAAAAGGGGAUGGGCCGGAUAUGACGCCAGAAGAAUUCGCGGCGAGGUUGCAUUGAUU